AAAUAAUCAAAGCGACCAUGAAGUGACAAAUAAAGUUGGAGAACAAUGCUCGCGAAUGGCAAGGAAAUCUGAGUGCAGCGUGCAUUGGCCCCCGUUCUAUGUUUUGGAUACGUCUUACGCGUUCACAACGUGGUGUUCCGUGCGACAUUAGAGCCGGAGGUACGCUAUGUACUCGCAGCGCAUACGAGGCUGACAUUUAGAUAUUUUCCUCGUCCCGAUACCUCGCUGGUAUUGGUCUUAUAUUCGUAUUACUGUAUCAGUCGGCCGCUGACAACCGAGAUUCCUCCAUGCGUAGGAAUCCGAUUCCGCGGUUACCUUAAUUAAAUGACUGAGAACAAGUUGAAUCGGCGGUCACCAGAACUUCUUAUUACGUCCGAGGAUACAACAAGAAAUCACGAAGACAUGCCUUCCUCGAGAGUGCCGUUCCAGACAGUUUUUUAAGCACUAAGUUUGCAUGGGUACCGGUCAACGAUAUUUUCGUUGUUAACCUCCAAUGGUGACCUGCUAGUUUUCAUCGUGUUGUUACACCGCGCCUCGCGGACAGUAGUGGCCAUGUGUUUGAUUUUCUCCCAGUUGACCAAUGUCUGACAGGAUUAAACUCAUCUAGUAAGCUUCAAACAUGAAAACAGAAAAGAAGCCCAGUGAACCAACUUGUGUACCAACCACUGUAGUGAAAGAGGAACCUGAUACUGAUCCAGUUAAGAUCAAGGAAGAAGGUACUGGGGGCAAUAACGAUGAUACAACUGGAGAGGAUACGACUGAAUGUACCAGGGAUUCUUGUUUGGAUCCAUCAAAUGGUGAAGGUGCAUUGUCAGGAGAAAACCAAAAUAAUAGUGCAAAUCAGCCAAUUUUGAACUCAGUGAAACAAGAAGGUGAUCAUAACAAUCCUACAGACGAUAUACCUGAUUGUAGUGGUAAUGUGAUUACUGCAGAUGGUAUACAGCCACUAGUUAGUAAUGUUCUUGGCAAACAAAUGGGAACUAGCACAGGAAGUGGUGAAGCUCAGUAUAUGCAACAACAAAGUCAAAUUUUCGUGUUUUCUACAACGUUAGCAAAUAAAGGUGCAGAUGCAGUGCUGCAAGGACAAUAUCCUUCCAUUAUUGCUUACCAUUGUGCACAGCCAGGAACUAAAAAAUAUUUGGAGAAACAUCCAAAUAAGGUGAAUCAAUUUCGUCAAAAUCCUGCGCAAUGGUUAAACAAUCUUGCAAUGAUGAAACAGAAAGGCCAUCAAGGGAGUGCAAAUAAUACGUUUCAAAAUGAACAACCACCUGAUCUGCCAACCCUUGAUCCCAACGCUCCCCCAUUUUGGAACGAGCAACCAAAUCUAAGAAACUUGAACGGUGGAAAUACUCUCGGGAAUCCCGAACCAUCAUUGGAUGACACAAACAUAGACGUGCCUUGCCUUGUACCAAACUCACCUGGUAACACAGCGAAUCCACAACCUCCUAAUAGUACUGCAAUGGGCCACAGUCCCAAUUUAUUAGGAGGUACAACCAGCCCAGGUCCAGGCAGUUUGCAACCAUCGCUGCAAGGUGUAAAAGUUCCAGAUGAAAAUUUAACUCCGCAACAAAGGCAGCAUCGAGAGGUUCAGUUAGCAACUAUUAGGAAAAUGCAAAUGAUGUUGUUUCCCGAGCACAAAGAAGAGCCGUCUAGUGCACUGGACGCAGCACAAGGCACAGCAGUAUCGACGUGUCAGCAAUCGAACGUUCCUUCGGUCGUGCCGACGCAGUGUCCUCCGACUAUGGAUUGGCAUAAGUUGCAGCAUCAGUUUCUCGAUGGGAAGAACAAGGUCAGCGUUGGAAGUCCUGGAACCGGUGUUCCAUUACGAGGUGCUAAUAUGGUAGGGGUUCCGCGUAGUCAAGGACCACCGCCACCAUAUCAUCAAACCACGCGGUCCGCGAGCGUGCCGAUUGCAAUACAAAGUCCAAAUCCUUCUUCACCCAACAAUCCAACUAGCAAUUUGUCGUUACCCUCACCUCGUGCGAGUUCGGCGCUCAAUUCACCCGCGGACUGCAACAGACAGUUUCAACUCAGCAAUCAAAGAUCGGGUCAUCUACCAGGACAAAGUCCGACCAGUCAAGACUCUCCGAAUCCGACGGUUGGAAAUGCAUCGGCCGUAUCGUCAACGAGACUUAAUCAUAGCAACCCAGGAACCCCUGUUUCCCAUUCACACAUCUCGACGCUAAGCCCCAGCGGACCAGCUGCUCAAAAAGAUUCUUUGGACUUUCCUUCGAGUCAACCUCCCAAUGUGGAUGGUAUGUUUUGCCGCACGCUGCAAUCCUUAGCCCAGCAAAAGCAACACACUGGAGCGGUGAAUGCGGCGGGAGUGAAGGAAGCGAAUUUGAUGCCGGUUCCGAGUCCUCAGCAGAUCCAGUAUCUCAACACCUUCGAGGGACAGGAACUGACUAUUCAAAAGCAACCAAAUACGAGUCUGAAAGAUGGCAAUUUGUCUACAAACGCGGGCAGCAAUACGGAGAUGUCGAACAGAAUUAUGCCGGGAAGUUUGGACAGCAGUAAUCAAUUCCCGGCUAGGUCCGAAGGCGCGAGUCCUGUUCAAAUGGAUAGCAUGAAUCGUGGAUUCACGGGCUCAUUGCACAGUCCGCAUACUCCUCAUACUCCGCAUACACCAGGCAACGGUGCCCCACACACUCCGGUUGAUUCAGGAAAACCCGGAAACAAGUCGAGUGCGAGUGCACAAAGUAGUCCAGCGUCACACAAUACAAACAUACCCGACAGUAUGGGUCCUCCGAGAACGGUACCAGCGUCGCCCACCACGAAACCAGAUACAUCUCCCCCGUCGACGAAAGAUACUCAGCAGUCACAGGCUCAAUCCCAGCAGCAGCAGCAACAACAACAACAGCAGCAGCAGCAGCAGCAGCAGCAGCAGCAGCAGCAGCAACAGCAGCAGCAACAACAACAGCAGCAGCAGCAACAACAACAACAACAACAACAACAACAACAACAACAACAACAACAGCAACAGCAGCAGCAACAACAACAGCAACAGCAACAGCAACAGCAGCAGCAGCAGCAAGCGGCGGUUGGGAAUUCAAACAAUUCCGGGAACACGUCAGGGGUACCUCCGAUGGGAGGUCCAGGCGCUUCCUUUGCCUGCGGGAGACCAUCUAUAAACGUGAGUCAACCUUCAGACAAUGUGCCUCUUAAUCCUAACAAUAUCGGAGGGCGACUCGGCAGUCUAACCGCGAUGAGUACAAAUCACUUCGAUCCUAUUACUUCCUUGGCCCAAAUGAGCCAACAGCUGACCAAUACGGCAGCUAGCAACUCGUUAGGUAACGAAGGGCCGAUGCAUUCCGGGAACGCCGGGAUGAUGCAGUUCGGUAAUCCACACGGUAUGCAUAUGAUGCAAAUGGGCGGUGAGAUGAACGGAAGUUGUCACAUGGGUGGCCCAACUAGUGAACCGGGCGAAGUGGGGGGCAUGUGCAUGGGUCUAGCAGGGCCACCGACGAGCUAUAGCCCAACGACGUCGCAUACAGGAAGUCCCGGUGUACCUAGCAAAAUGGGACAUCCGAUAAUGGGUCACGGUAUGAUGAGUAGUCAUUCGGGCAAUGCUGCGGGAGCGUAUCCUGGAGGCGAUCCUCACGCGCCACCACCGAGAUUAAUGGCAGGACAUGUCACUGGUCCAAGUCCUUAUAACGGAGCGAACGUUCAAGUGAAACCCAGUGCUCCGAAUACGAUACAAUAUUUACCGGCGAGGCCCAACGUCGGUCACACGCCUAGAGGGCCGCCGAGUUUGGACUUCCUUCAAAGAUUCACGAAUCCUCUGUCCAAUUUGGAAUCAAAGAUGGGCUCGCCGUCUGUGAAUCUUCAGUACUUCCCGAACGGUUGCGUGCCGAACAGUAUGGGUCCGCACAGCGGCAUGCCGUCGUCCAUGAGCGGCGGACUUCCCGGUAUGGGCAGUUCUCCGAGGAUGGACGGACAAUCGAUGAGCACGUCCGUCGGUGUGCACCCCUCGAUGAGACCGGUCGGCAACAUGAGACCUCAGUCGAAUCUAAUGCGGAUGCAACACAUGGUUGGCGGGGGCGUCUUUCCAGGCGGUUCGAUGGAUCCGGAUAAAGUCUUCCCACCUGACAUGGUGUCCCAAGUUCCCAAUCAACCGAACCCCGGCAUGUACGUGUCCGGCAGUAAAGGCAGCCCAAUGGGAUUGGGACCCCCGCCGGACGCGACCCAGCCGUUACCUCCGAGCAUGGGUGGUGCUACUAGUAACUUCAAGAACAGUCCGUUCGUCGGUAGUGGGCCUAGUAUGUCAGAUCCGAAUUAUGCUCAACAAUUCCAUAACUUCCAGCAGCAACUUUACGCGACCGGAACAAGAGGUAGCGGACCGCCACAUCCUAAUCUACAUCCACCGCCGAACUCGCAUUCGCACCAACAGUUCUUCAUGCCGAAAUAAGAACGGAACGUGUGUGUGUGUGUGGUUUGUCUGAUCCUGGAGAAAUAGGUGUCGAUGAUUUUACGAUUGUGGUGGCCUUUCUGUGUCCUUCUUCGGCGAUUGCAUUCAAAUUAGGCCGGGGAUGUAAUUCUGAUUAAAAAAUGAACUUGCAUUUUCGGUCAAUGUUAAAACUUUAUAUACGAAAUUAUUCGCGCGCGAUUCUGUAAAGGACUAUAAAAAAGUCGAAUUUGUUAAGGUUCUAAUGUUGAUGUGAUGGAUGAUUACGAAGAAUAAUUAACGGUGAACCAUUAUCCGCGGUGAUGGUUGAUCGCGUGACUGGCAUGGUGACAAGACUUCUCGUUCAAUUCUUUAUUUACGGUGUUGUUUAUGUAAUGUGUUAUUAUAUCGAUAAGCGUUUUAUUCUUAAAUUACAUAGACAUUGAAAAGCCUUCUUAAUGUCUAACGCGUCUUCAAAAAAAUCUGUUCCAUCAUCUAGAGGAUAUCGCUUUUUCGUAUCAGAAUUCUCUUUCUCUCUGUAAAUUGGAAACAUAUUACGAACUUGCGUAGACGUACGCGGUCCUUGUAAAUACUAAUGUAAAAUCUGAUUUCUUCGUAGUAAUCGUAAUUUCGUCGAUCGGAAUGUACGAUGAUCGUUGCUAGAGAUUCUCGAAUCAGAAAAAACAGCGGAACGAAAAACUUAACGACAAAAGACAAAGGUGAAUAUAAAUGCGUCUCAUCUUCCCUUUUAUUUGAACGGUUGACACUCGCGGUAUAUUAUUACUGCGCGAGGAUUUAUCCAAGUAUUUGAAAGGAACGACGAGAAGCUACGUCGGCGAACGAUUCAUCCUUCCUUUUAUCAUUAAAUACUUAAAGAGAAAAAGAAAAAAUGCAGUCAGACAAGCUCAAAUUCAUAAUUGUACAUAUAUACGAUAUACAUAUAUAUAUAUACAUAUAUAUAUAUUAUAUAUAUAUAUUACCUGUUGCAACAUACUCCUUUAAAACAGUAUCGCCCGUCCCUUCUAUUCCCCUCACCGAUUUCCCUUUCGUGACCAACACUGUGCAUAAUCAUGACCCAACGUAGUAUAACAAUUAUAAGGAAAAAAGAGUAAUUGACUAAGAACAAUUAUGUUGUUGAUGAAUGAUUUUUAUUAUAAAUGAAAAAUAAAGAUAUUUACAAGAAGUCAGUAUCAGAAUUCGAUCGAUAAUGAAUUUCGUGGCUAUCUCAAAGCGAGUGAUGGAGUCUUUCUUUUUCGAUAAACUUUAUUUUCUUUCUUUUUCGCCGCUUUUGUCGAGAACCGAACGCAGACUCGUUUCAGACAUGGCGACGACCUCGCGUCGCAAUUUUUUUUGGUCGAUCGAAAAAAGCAGGCUGCUACCAGCGCUUGUUUGGAUCUGUGAUAGUCAAAGCGAAAGAAAGUGUAUCCUUUUUCUCUUCAUUCCGAAGACAUCGAUACAUAUCUAUAUUCAAUUAGGGAAUGACUCUUUAAUACUACAUUACGUUUACUUAAUUUUUACAUAUUGUGCACGAAAUGAGAGAGAGAGAGAAAGGAUGAGAAAAUGAGAACGAGAAAGUGAGAAGAGCAGGUGCAAAGAAAUAGAAAGUAGAAAGUGAGAAGAAAAAUCUUUUUCGAAGUAGCUUAACACAUUCAAUGCAGGCGAUGUGAACGUAUGCGUCUUGGCGGAUUUUCUAUUCUUCAAUGGAUAACGCGUAUGUUCGCAUCAAUAGUCUUGUAUAAAAAAAAAAA